AUGCCCCGCGCCUAUGACGCCGCCGCUGUCGAACAGCGCAUUUAUCAGACCUGGUGGGACGGCGGAUAUUUCGUACCGCGCAUUGAUCCAGACCGCGAGCCGUUUUGCGUGGUGAUGCCUCCUCCUAACGUCACCGGAGAAUUGCAUCUGGGCCACGCCCUUACCGCCAGUCUUCAGGACGCUCUGGCUCGUUGGCAUCGCAUGUGCGGUGAUCCUACCUUGUGGUUGCCCGGGAAGGACCAUGCCGGGAUCGCGACACAAUGGGUGGUCGAACGCGCCCUUGCCGCAGAAGGCGCCAGCCGGCAUGAUCUGGGCCGCGAGAAGUUUGAGGAACGCGUCUGGGAAUGGGUGCGCCUCUACGGGAAUACUAUCGACGAGCAGCAUCGUCGCCUCGGCGCCUCCUGCGACUGGUCGCGCCUCCGUUUCACGCUGGACACGGGCCCGGUUCACGCCGUCCGCACCACCUUCGUAAACCUGUUCAACAAGGGUCUUAUCUAUCGCCACGAACGUAUCAUCAACUGGUGCCCUCGUUGCGCUACCGCCCUGUCCGAUCUGGAAGUCAAUUACGAGGAGCAGGACGGCAAGCUUUACCACAUCCGGUACCCGUUGGCAGAUAAUCCCGCUGACGGUGUGACCGUGGCCACCACCCGUCCCGAGUCCAUGCUCGGCGACACUGGCGUCGCCGUGCACCCGGACGAUGAGCGUUACCGCGACAAAGUCGGCGGAAUGGUCGUCCUGCCGAUCGUGGGCCGCCAGAUCCCGGUCGUCGGCGAUACGGCUAUCGAGAUGGAGUUCGGUACCGGCGCGCUCAAGGUCACUCCAGGCCACGACAUCGUGGACUUCGAGAUCGGAGAACGCCACAACUUGCCCAUAAUCAACGUCAUCGGUUUUGACGGCUGCAUGACCGACGACGCGGGUCCCAGGUACUCCGGCAUGGAGCGCUUCGCCGCCCGCGCUGCAGUGGUCGCCGAACUCGAAACCAUCGGCGCCCUGGAAGGUGUGGAGGACUACCACAACUCAGUUGGCCAUUGUCAACGCUGCAAUGAGGUGGUCGAACCCCUCAUCAGCCUCCAGUGGUUCCUCAAUGUUGGAAAGCACGAUGAACCCGGAACCAUCGCCGGCAACGCGUACGCUGCUGUGGUCAAUCGCGACAUUGAAAUCGUGCCGGAUCGGUUCUCGCGGGUUUAUCUCAACUGGCUGGAAAACAUCCGGGACUGGUGCAUCAGCCGACAGCUCUGGUGGGGCCACCGCAUCCCGGUCUGGUACUGCGCUGCCUGUGGCCAUCACUCCGCCCAUGUCGAUGAUCCUGUGGCGUGUUCGCAGUGCGGUGGCGAGAUCGAACAGGAUAGCGAUGUUCUCGAUACUUGGUUCAGCAGCGGUCUCUGGCCCCAUUCAACCCUGGGCUGGCCCGACACGGAAUCGGCGGAUCUCGAGUACUUCUAUCCCAACUCGGUUCUCGAAACGGGUUACGACAUCCUUUUCUUCUGGGUAGCCCGCAUGAUUAUGCUGGGCAUCGAAAACACCGGCGACGUCCCGUUCCGUUCGGUGUACCUGCACGGCAUGGUCCUUGAUGCCCAGGGUCAGAAGAUGAGCAAGACCCGUGGCAAUACCCUGGACCCGUUGGACCUGCUGGAGCAGUACGGCACCGAUGCGUUGCGUUUUGCGCUGACCACCGGCACCGCUCCCGGAAACAACCUUCGCCUCAGCGACGAGAAGCUGGAAUCGUCCCGCAACUUCGCCAACAAGAUCUGGAACGCCGCCCGGUACGUGAUCAGCGUGGUAGAAGCGCGGACCGCUUCAGGCAACGGUGACCUGGGCAAUUGGUACCAUCUCCCCGAUCUCUCGAAUCGCGAGGACCGUUGGAUCGUCAGCCGCCUCGAUGAUCUCACCGUCAGCGUGAAUCAGGCGCUGGCCGCCUUUGAGCUCGGCGAAGCGCAGCAGAAGAUCUACGACUUCGCGUGGAACGAUUUCUGCGACUGGUACAUCGAGAUGGCCAAGGUCCGUCUCCGCGCCGCCGAUUCCAACGACGCCACCGCGGCCGCGACAACCCUCGUGCACGUACUGGAGCGUGCGCUUCGCCUCCUGCACCCGUUCAUGCCCUUUGUCACCGAGGAAAUCUGGCAAAACCUCACCGCUCGGAUCCCCACCCCCGAGGAAGGACUCUCGGCGUCCAUCAUGGUGUCCCCGUAUCCGCAGGUGGACACUCCGCGCUCCGCUCCGGAUGCCGAGGCCGAUGUGGAGAUCGUGAUGCAGACCGUGCGCGCGGUGCGCAAUAUGCGCGCCCAACUGCGUAUCCCUGCCGCCCAGAAACUGGAAGCCGCGAUUGAAACCAACGGGAUGCGGGCUGUCGUAGAGGAGGAGAAGGAGGUUAUCAGCGCCUUGGCCCGUGUGGAUCCUCUGCGGGUGUUGGGCGCAGGAGACUCGAGCCCGACGUCCGGUGUUAGCCUGGUGGUCAAUCCAUUGGUGGUGCGUCUACCCCUCGAGGGAGUGGACCUGCAGGCGGAGUCCGAUCGCUUGCAUCGCGAGUUGGAGUCCAGGAGUCAGGACGAAACGCGCAAGGAGCAACUCCUGGCCAACCCGAACUUCGUUUCCAAAGCGCGCCCCGAGGUUGUGGAAAAUGAACGCCAGCGCCUGCGCUCGCUCACCGAGGAGCGCCAGCGUAUUGAGGAAAUCAUUGCUCAGCUAGGCGUGUAG